GAAACACGAUGCAGGUUUUAGUGAACGCCUUUUUGCGCUUUCUCUCCUUCCUACUUCCUCCUUCUUGGUUCCAGCUCGCGUUUCGCUGGUGGGUUGGGGGAGAUGAGUGCGGAGCCUCGCCGUGGCCCAAUCGGGGCGCUGCUCCUGCGCGCACAAAGCCUCUUAUUGCGCACGAGGAAGUGACAGCGAGAGGAGACUCCCGUCCUCCCGGUCGCGUCUCGUUUGCCGCCACCGCCGCUCCUGCGCCCUCCGCCGCCGCCUCCACCGCCGCCGCUCCUCCUCCUCCUCCCCUUGCGGACGGCUCGGGGUUUCCGUGGCGCCGUAUCCGGGAAGCCGCGCGGCUCGUCUCGGCGGCACCGCACGUCAAUAACGAGCGCCGGUCCCGAGAAGCGCGGAGCUCGCCGCUGUGCGAUCAUCCGGCGGGAGGCGUCGUCGAGGACCUCGAGGCAGCGGGGUGUAGAGCGCGCUGGUCCGCCGCCACGGUCAUGAGCGCGGCUACGGAGCUGCCGCCGAACACGGUGGAUGUAGUAUGCAGCGAUGCUUCCGAAGCCGCCGAGGCGGUCGUGCUUCCCUCGUGCUUCCCGGAUCAACGUCUGCGAGAGAUGGGCACUCCGGUAACCAUAACCGUGGCCAUCCAGGCGGCGGAGGACGAGGAGCCUGAGGAGGAGGAGACCAUCAACAGUGAAGACGAAAUUCUGAGGCACGAGAAAUCGAGCGGCGCUGGCACCAGUGGUGGCGAGCUUGAGGAGGAGAGCUGGCAGCCCCCAGACGCUGAACUGACCCAGAAGCUCAUAGCUCAGAUCGAGUACUACCUGUCGGAUGAGAACCUGGAGCACGACGCCUUCCUGCUCAAGCACGUUCGGCGCAAUAAGCUCGGCUUCGUCAGCGUCAAGCUGCUUACUUCUUUUAAGAAGGUGAAGCACUUGACAAGAGACUGGAGGACUACAGCAUACGCACUGCGCCAUUCCACCCUACUGGAGCUGAAUGAAGAAGGCCGGAAAGUUCGCCGCAGGACGAGCGUGCCUGUGUUCGCCAGCGAGUCUCUCCCGAGCCGCAUGCUGCUCCUGAGUGAGCUACAGCGCUGGCCUGAGCUAGGUGUGGCUUUGGCAGGUGAAGGUGGGGCUGGAGACGGGAGUCCUGGGGCAAACCCUGCCCAGCAGGAGCGGCUCAUGGAGCUUCUGCUCAAGGCCUUUGGUGCAUACGGCCCAAUCGCCUCUGUGCGUGUGCUGAAACCUGGCAAAGAUCUGCCACCUGAUCUAAAGAAAUUGAGUGGUCGCUAUUCACAGCUGGGCACUGAGGAGUGUGCUAUUGUCGAGUUUGAGGAAGUGGAGGCGGCUGUGAAGGCUCAUGAGGCUUACACAGGUCAGCAGGGAGAAGGGAAGGGAUCAAUGGGGCUCAAGGUGGUGCUGAUUGGCACCAAGCCACCUAAAAAGAAGGUAUCCAAGGAGAGGCAGCGGGAGGAGAACGGAAAUGGAGGAGGCGGAGGAAUGCGCAAGAGCCGCUCGCUGAACAGCCGUGUGCGUGAGCUUCAGUAUCACGGAGACGACUCGGCCUGCAGCUCCUCUGAAACAGAAAGCAACCCCACCUCACCUCGGCUCGGCCGCAAGUCACGCUCAUGCAACAAGCUUAGUCCUGGAGGCUUCCACUUAAGCCCGGCUGUCUCUCCACGCUCCAGCCCAUGGAACAGCCCACGAGCCAGCCCUUGUUCUCAACGCAAAGCCCCUCCUAAUGCCCGCUCACCUCUAGCCAGUGAGGGCAGGUUGAGCCCUGAGGCUGGACGCCGCUGGGCCGAUUAUUCCUCAGACAGCAGUUUGACUCCUUCAGGAAGCCCGUGGGUGCAGCGCAGGAAGCAGGUGGCCAGUCAGGAGAGCAGCCCAGUGGGGAGCCCCAUGCUGGGCAGAAAGAUCCAGAACGCAGACGGCCUUCCCCCUGGCGUUGUGCGCCUGCCCAGGGGUCCGGAUGGCACACGUGGGUUUCAUGCAGUGUUGAUGGCAGAACGGGGCAAAACUGCAUCCACUCAAACCUGACUUGAACCAGGGGGAGCCUCACCUCUCCCAAAAUAGCAGCACUGAACUAUAGCAGUGAGGUUUAUGCAUCGUAUACCACACUAUCAUUGAUAUAUAAUUCUGCAAAAAAAGGGCCACUGUUUCACAUCAUUGUUUGGGUUUCGUAAUCUCCUUUUCCUAUGGAUAUUUCUUUUAUAUUUGAGAUGGGCAAUUCUAAUCAGACUUUCGGUAUUACAUGAAAGGGAUGAGGGCAAAGCUCAGGUCACUCCACAUUGGAUAAGUAAUCUUUAGUUUUUUAUUUUUAUUUGAUGUGGACAGUGGUUUAGGCAUAUGGAUUUGGAUGCCAUGUAACCAAAAAGCAGCAAUGAAAUUGUGACCAGUUUCUUUCCAGAAAUUAAGUAGUCACUUUUUUUUUUUUUUUUUUUUUUAGGUUUUAAUUUGCUUUUUAAUACUUUGCCCUUUUUUCUGGACUAUUUUCUGUUCUAUCUAAGGGAUUGCUAUUUUUUUUGCAGGAAUGUGGUUCAUAGAAUUUCAACUCGAUCUGAUAAGCCUUAUCUGUUUUGUUCAAGUGUAGCCUGGAAGGGAUGGGAGGUAGGUAGUGAGGCUCCAGCCUGGCUUCGGCAUGUAAAUAUGCUUUGCUUUUGCCUUUACAGUCGAGUGGAGGCGAAGUACUGCACAUUUCAUACUGUACAAAAUAAAUCACUGCAAUGGCAUUCAUUUGCUGUUCAUUGCCUCUUCUGAACUUCA